AUUACUUGCACAAAAGAAGGCCGUUACCGUGAAGAACUACAAGUACCACAAUGCAAAGCGGCUAGACGUAUCAUCAAGCAAACAUGGCUGCGCCCUAGAAACAUAAAUGUCUUCUACUCAGAUUUCAUUUUUUUACCAUUAUUACUACUAAGAAACGUUUCAAUUCGAACGAAAAGGUCGCGUUUAAAAUAUUAUUUAGUUAAUGCGUAAAUACGAAGGCUGUCAACGAGAAAUAAUUGUUCUUUUAAAUCUCAUUGGUGAAAUAUGGAAGCAGUGCAGUCACCUCUCAGAUAUCCAUUUUUCGUUUUACGGGCUGAGAUUUACUCACGACACCUGUGAUUCAUCCCAAAGACAAAACGAGCAUUUAGUUUCUCGGUUGGUUUAUAAAAGCUAUGUUUAGUCCUGUGAAGUCAUCUUAUUCCAGGGUGAGCCCAUUGAUCGUUAACCGAGAGCUAGGGAAGACCAAGAUGAGAUAGCAAUAGGUGAAACACUUUCUAUUCGCAGUAAUCGAAACUCGGUUCUUUAAAGAGCAAGAGGUUCACCGAUACUAAGCUUCACAGAGCAGCUGCGGUUAUGUUUGGAGAUCUAUUUGAGGAGGACGGGGAUGGCUAUAUGUCUACACCUGGCACAGGUGUGAAGGGGAGGGAGUCUGAGCCUCCUCCACCCAGAGGGAAAGUCAAGCUCUGCGGGAUCAAGAAUCAGGGUGGCACCUGUUACCUCAACUCUCUGAUACAGACUCUACUCUUCACACCAGAGUUUAGGGAGGAACUGUUUCAUCUUGGACCGGAUGAAUUAGGAUGUCUGGCUGACAAGGCCAAACCGGAGGCAAAGGUCCGUGUGAUUCCUCUGGAGCUACAGAGAUUGUUUUCUCAUCUGUUGCUGGUGGAUGAGCUAACAGCCUCCACGACAGACCUAACGGACAGUUUUGGCUGGACGAACAAUGAGGAAAUGGGCCAGCAGGAUGUGCAGGAGCUGAACCGGAUCCUGUUCAGUGCUCUGGAGAGCUCUUUAGUGGACACUUCAGGCAGCAGUCUCAUUCACCGGCUGUACCAUGGGACGCUUGUCAACCAGAUCACCUGCAAGGAGUGCGGCAAUAUUAGUGAGAGACAGGAGGACUUUCUGGACCUGACCGUGUCAGUGCGGGGUGUGAGUGGACUAGAGGAGGCGCUGUGGAACAUGUUUGUGGAGGAGGAGAUGUUUGAGGGGAAUAAUCUCUACCGCUGCAGCAGAUGUGACCAGCUGGUUCGGGCUGCUAAGUCUGCUAAACUGAGAAAACUUCCACCAUUCCUGACCAUUUCUUUGUUGAGGUUCAACUUCGACUUUGCCAAGUGUGAGCGCUACAAAGAGACCGGGAGCUACACUUUUCCUCUUGAAUUCAACCUCAGACCGUUUUGUGAGCAGAACAAUUGGCCAGACUCCGAGUAUUCGUAUGAGCUCUUCUCUGUCAUCAUACAUAAAGGAGGCUGUUAUGGAGGACAUUAUCAUGUCUACAUCAAAGACAUCGACCAUCUUGGCCACUGGGAGGCACCGGAGGAAGAGGUAAAAAUAAAGGCCAAGACCCAGAGACAAGAGGCCAAAGUUCAGGAAAAAAAGGAGAAUGAGAACUGUGUAGAGACUGAGGAUCCACUUUCUGUUCUUACUGGCAUUCUGGCUCAGGAGGAUUCAAAAUGUGUGCUCAUAGACCAGCUGGGACAAAAGCUGAUGAAUAAAACCGGCACGCCAUGGAGCAAAAAAUACAAAAAACAGUAUGGCACCAUCAGCAAGUUUCUUCAGAACCACCCUGAAGUCUUUAUGCUGGUCUCCAAUGGAACCCGUGUAGCUCUGAAAAAUGCUCCUGCGGCCACAGAACCCAGACCAACAGAACCAGUCAGUUCAACUCCAGCCAAAAGCAUCCCAGAGAACAUAAAGCCAGAAACAGCAGGAGACACAGAAGGCCCUGAUGGAUGUCAUUGGUUUGAUCUGAACGACUCCACUGUAACAUCCAUUACGUUGAAGGACAUCGAGAAGCAGUUUCAGGGAAAAGAGAGUGCCUACAUGCUCUUUUACAGGAAGACAACUAUGAAAAGACCUCCAGAGGCCAUAGGAAACCCUGCCUACAAAGUGCCUCCUCACCUGGUGGAGAUGAUACAAGAGGAGAAUGCAAGAGUUCAGCAGAGGAGAGCUGAGUUUGAUGCCAGCAGCAACAGCAUUGAAGUGAGGCUGCACUUGGCCCCUCAUUAUCACUGCCAAAAUGGAGCCCUACACCCCACAGCCCUGGGCGAAGACUCCAUCAUCACUGUCACCUUCGACCGCAGAAAGACUGUGGGAGACCUGCGAUUGGCCAUCUACCAGAUGCAGGAUCUUUGGGAAGGAGACAUGGCAUUGACAUUGGCUAAGAAUGUGCCAGCUGGGUUACAUUUGUAUGAUACACUGACAGAUGACCAGAUGUCGCUUUAUAGUGCAGGAGUGUGUAAUGGCUCUGAUCUCUUUGUGUGGAAUGGAAGAGAGGUCAGUGGUGUGGUGGUGCAAACAGGCAUUGAAUGGGAGCCUGUUUUGUUGACUGUGUUGCGUCCCUCUGCUGAAGAGCUGGGAUGUGGGGAUGAGUCAGGGGUCGGAGACACUGAUGGAUCUGGUCUGGUGCGUUCCAUGAAGGGCUUUGCUGGUGGGGCCACUCUGGGUACAGUGCUCGAGGCUCUAGGGCCCCAAGAGGCCUUUUUGUGCCAGGAGCAGAGUCGUCCAGGGGCCAGUGGGGGCGGGGCCAGUGGCUGGAGGGUUUUUCCACCUCAGGACAUGCAGAGGACACUGAGAGAGCUCUCUCUGAAGGACGGCGACGCUGUACUGCUGCUGCAGCCAGAGGAACUAGACAGCAGUAUCUUCAGCCUCAAUGGUGACAUGGUUACCGUGACAACGCCCUCAGACUGUCGGUGGCUGCAGGUGGAGUUUUGCCCACAGAGUGGAAUGAAGGUGGAAGAGGAGGAGGAGGAGCAGGGGAAGAAAAAGAGUAAAGUCUCGGCUUCAGGGAACAUGCUGCUGGCGGAGGUGAAGGAAAAAGCUCUUGAGGAACUUCGGCUACAGGACGAGCUCAGUGGUGUUGAGUGCUGUCUGAGGCAAAUGGACCGAAGUGGAAAACUUUUACCACCAGUGUAUGAGCAUUUGAGUGUUCGGGAUGCAGGGAUCAGGCUGAUGACUUCACUCUACCUGUGCCCUGGACCAGUGCUAACAACAACUCAGUUGUUCUUGUACUUUAGUGUUGGUCUUGUGCCUUCAGUCGGCCAGGAGCUGGAGAUUAUUGUAGAGGAGUCUCUAACUGUCAAAGAGUGCCUUAAGGAAAUGUUGCAGAUGGCGAGGCUUGAAGGUGAGUCGUGGCACUUAAGGAGAGUGGACUGGUGUGAGGAGAUUGGAGAGCCACUUAUGGAUGAGAAUGCAUCUCUGAAAGAGGCAAAGGUCAUUCAUGGGGACACACUGGUGCUGGUGGAGGGGCGGCUGCCUCCAAAGGGUUACCUCAAGCUGUCUGUGAGGAUGUACAUGGACAUGAUCCACAGCUCCAGCAUUCCAGAGCUGAACCACACAACAGAGUCUCAGAGCAUCGAGGCGCUCACCACAGAGUGGUCUGGAUCAGAGAUGAGAUUCAUUGGUUAUGUGGAGAUAUCAGAGGAGGCUUCACUCGAUGACCUCAAGACUCAGGUGAUGACUCUGCCGGCACUUCAGGAUGUGUGUGUUCCCAGCCCUGCGUUCCUGCGUGUGUGGUUGCUAGAGUGCAAGAAACUGGCCAGGAUACUCAGAGGAAACCAGCAGACCCUCAGGAAGCUGAAGCUGGGGAAUGGGGCGGAGGUGUGUGUUCAGAGGCUGAUGAAAGAGGAAGACCUGGGGCUAAAGGAUUUAUUGCUAAGGGUUCAUAUGGGGGUGCCAGGAGAGAAGGCAUAUUAUCCCUCUGAGGAGUUUUUGUGGGACGCCGGGAGGGAUAGCACCCCCAAGGGCCUGUACGCUGCUCUGGCCUCCAAGUACGGUCUCACUCCUGACAACCUGCUUCUGGCUAAACACCUGCCUGACAAACACACCUGGAUGCCCAUUUCCAACUGGAUACAACAGGUCUCAAAAAAGAAGAAGAAGAGGAAAGCUGAGAGUCUCCAGGCAGCUCCUUUCUACCUGAAAGAUGGAGAUAGUAUAGGCGUCAAGAAUUUGCUAAUAGACAAUAAUAAAGAAUUCACUACUCUGGAAGAUGAGAUUGGUCAGCAGAGACUCAGGGAGGAGAAUCACAACACAAGGGGGCGUACUGCCAGUGGAGAAUGUUCACAAGACUCUGGGUCCAAGAAAGGCUCAGCUAAAAACAGGAAACCAGAGGUGGCCUUAUCCAUCAACGUGGGAGUGUUCAGGUAACACCCCCUGUGAACACCCCCUUGGUUUUCAAAACCAUCACUAAGGCCACUUAGACGCCAUGGCGGAAUCUGUCCCAGCGAAUCACGGCACAAAACCCAAACCGAAGACAAUGUGACGGUGCUGAACAAGUGCGGACCCACCCUGUGAAAAAUAAGAUUCUAUGGGCACAGGGAUGCUGAACCAAAACUCAAUUUUAAGUGGGAAUAUCAUCUUCAAUCAUUGAGAUUUUGAUCUUGAAGCUUGUA